CAUGCUUUAAUGAUUAAUUCAGUCUAACUUGUUCAGUCCGAUUCGAUACAACCCUGAAAAUGGACAAGAGUAAAGAAAUAGUUGAAAUUAAUUUAAAAAAUCGCAGAAAAUCUGAAAUUAAAUGCAAGUUCAUCAAAGUCGACUCUCCCAUAGCAAAAUAUGAUUCUUCAGGUAAUUUGUCAUGUAUAUUAUGCAGGAUCCCCAUAAAGUCAAAUGUAUGGAAGGUACAUUUGACCUCACGACAACACAAGCGAAAUUUGGAACUCGCUAAACGUCAACGUAUUAAUACUGGCAAUAGUUGUGAAAUAUUAAACCCAGCAAACUAUGAGCAAACACCACAAAAAGCGGAAUGCAUCUCCCUCAAUGAGAUUCAGUUGCAACCUAGUAAUUCUGAUAAAAUGCCGCAAGCUCAAGUUAACACAGUUCAGGUAUUACCCGAAAAGUUCUUUGACCAUGAAAAGUCUCUAAACUUUCUUGGCAGUGAUCGUGAUCCAGAAACGGAAUGGAUCAAAUUUCAACGUGAAAUAAGAGAAGCGGCCACAAUAUCAAAUAAUAUAGUAUCUGAGGAGCAGGAAAGUUUGAAUAUCAAGCGUCAUCUAAAAGAAAUAGACGAACAAAUUGAAAACUGGAAGAGAUUUAUAACAAUAAAUGAUAAAAAAAACGAUAUUUUAAAAAAUCAGCGUAACACCAAGACAAUUAAGUACAAAGAAGAAUAUAGUUCUAGUGAAGAAGGCAGUGUAGACACACUACUAGAUUGGAGGAUAAAAAGUGUUCACAAAUAAUAUAAUUAAAAUAUAAAGUUUUCUUCGAAUAAGUUGUGUGCUGAAUACAGUCGCUAUUUUAAUGAAAUUGUUAGUUUUUUACGAAACGCUGUCAGAAACUAAGAAUGGCUGUUAUACAAAUAGCAGAUCAAUAUGAUUCCAAACAAUCCAAAAAUAUAAAAGAUUGUAUAAGAUAUAAUAUUAUGUAUAUACAAUGUACAGAUUAAAAAUAUUUCAAAUUUUCAAAACUCA